AUGGAUAUAUUCACAGCCGUUCUUGUAGGGUUCGUUGUCGGAGUGGUGAUGAUGGCUUGUGCUUUAUUUUGCAGUGGAGUGAUACCGCUCGACGACAACAAUAACAACAACAACGUAGAGCAGCCUCAGCCGAAUGUGGCUCGGAUCACUAUAGUCCGCCCCAUGCCGCCCGAGGCCGCAGUACAAGUGAAGGUCGAGAAAAUUAUCUACGAUGAAUGCACCGACGAGGGUUCGAUAGACGGCGGCUGCUCUAUUUGCCUAGAAAAAUACCGUGGCAAAGAGCUAAGCGCCACUAUUGAUGCCUGCAGCCACCACUUCCAUGCCCAGUGCAUCGAGUCGUGGCUGGAGAAAAACGACAAUUGUCCCCUUUGUCGGCAUCAUCUCGUUUGA